AUGGGAGCCAAUUACCUCAAGCUUAAUGGCUCCAAAACUGAAACUAUGAUCUUCAGUAACCAUGAUUGCCCUAGUAAGAUGCCCGACUGGCCUGACUCUUUUAAACCGAGUCUGGCACCAGUCUCUAAGGUCAGGGACCUGGGGGUUAUCCUUGAUUCUAAGUUGGCAUUGCGUAGCCAGGUCAAUCAAGUGCCUUAUAUUACCAGGCAGGACACUGUUAUGCGGGAAGCCAUCAGCGCUGAACAGAGGCUAGUUGCCACCUUACGGUAUCUGGCAACUGGGAGAAGCUUGCAGGACUUAAAGUUCUCGACGGGCAUCUCCCCCCAGGCUCUGGGCCUCAUAAUCCCAGAUACCUGUUCUGCCAUCAUCCAGGUUCUGCAGGAUGACUAUAUGAGGCUUCCGUCCACGCCACAGGAAUGGCAGACUGUGGCAGCGGAGUUUGAGACGCGUUGGAACUUCCCCAACUGCGGGGGAGCCAUCAACGGAAAGCACGUCCGCAUCGUGCCUCCACCCCGUUCUGGUUCCCAGUUCUACAAUUACAAGGGGUUCAACAGUAUUGUGCUGAUGGCGGUGGUGUCAGCACAGUACGAAUUUCUGUACGUUGAUGUGGGCAAGAACGGCCGGAUGUCGGAUGGGGGAGCUUUCAGGCAGACUGAGUUCGGGGAACGACUCCAAGACGAAGAUCUCGCAUUGCCACCGGAUGCGGACAAUGUGGAAGGACUCCCCUUCGUCUUCUUGGCUGAUGAAGCUUUUGGCCUGGGACCCCAUCUAAUGAGCUGCCUCAUCAUUUUACAUAAUGUACUACAUGCAGUGUCAAGUGUAUUUUCCUUGCCAACUCGCAACCAUUUCCCAGGUAACACCCAAAGUAAACACAUGUAA